GUCUGUGAGUGGGGGGAUCUCUGGUUUCAGCCUAGGUCUGCCUUUGGUCCCAGAGAUGUGUGAAGCUUAAGCAAAAGGUUCCAAUGAUCCAGUUCUCCUUCCUGCUGUUACUCAUUGAGGCCACCAGAGGCUGCAGCGCGGAGGCGGCCAGUACCUCCUCCAAGGAAUGGACUUGCUCCUCUCCGUCCCCAUCUCUGCCCAGAAGCUGCAAGGAAAUCAAAGAGAAGUGCCACAGUGCACGUGACGGCCUGUAUUUCCUCCGCACCGAGAAUGGUGUCAUCUACCAGACCUUCUGUGACAUGACCUCAGGGGGCGGCGGCUGGACCCUGGUGGCCAGCGUGCAUGAGAACAACAUGCAUGGGAAGUGUACACUGGGCGACCGCUGGUCCAGCCAGCAGGGAAACAGAGCAGACUACCCGGAGGGGGACGGCAACUGGGCCAACUACAACACCUUCGGGUCUGCAGAGGCAGCCACAAGUGAUGACUACAAGAACCCGGGCUACUACGACAUCCAGGCUGAGGACCUGGGCAUCUGGCACGUGCCCAACAGGACCCCCCUGCAGCAGUGGAGAAACAGCUCUCUGCUGAGGUACCACACCAACACCGGCUUCUUCCAGAGACUGGGACACAAUCUGCUUGGCCUCUACCAGAAAUAUCCAGUGAAAUACGGAGAAGGAAAGUGUUGGACUGACAACGGCCCAGCCAUCCCUGUGGUCUAUGAUUUUGGUGACGCCCAGAAAACGGCAUCUUAUUACUCACCCUUUGGCCAGAAGGAAUUCACUGCCGGAUUUGUUCAGUUCAGGGUAUUUAAUAAUGAGAGAGCAGCCAACGCCUUGUGUGCUGGAAUGAGGGUCACGGGAUGCAACACUGAGCACCACUGCAUUGGCGGAGGAGGAUUCUUCCCUGAGGCCAAUCCCUUGCAGUGUGGGGAUUUUUCUAGCUUUGACUGGAAUGGAUAUGGAACUCAUAUCAGUUCCAGCAACAGCCGGGAGAUAACGGAGGCAACUGUGCUUCUGUUCUACCGUUGAGAGCGUCGUGGCAUAGGGCCCAGAUUUUUCCCAACCGGAGAUCCCAGGGACGGGAACAGCAUAUCUAGUGACUGGAAUACUGAUGGCAGAGGAAAAGAGAAUAAAGCAUACUG